AAACAAGUGAAUGCAAUAACAAACACAUUUGAGAAGAUAAAUAGCAAAUUAUUUACUAAUUAUGGAUAAUUAUUGUUCCUAUUUUAUUAAGCUCGCUUUUACUUUUCUCUUCAUUUUUGCUAGUACAGUUUCAUCACAAAAUAAUACCGUAUGCCCAUUUAACUAUUUAUACCAUCUUGGUGAUGGAGUUACAGACAUCGGCAACAAUAUCCGUGUUCUUCCUUUAGGACCUUUAAAUCCGGCCGCACGUUUGCCUUAUGGUCGAACCUUUCCCGGUUAUCCUACUGGUCGAUGGUGUGAUGGUCUUAUUGAUUUUGACUAUGCAGCUGCUGAUUUUGGCUUUCCAAACAUCGUGCCUUAUUUGGCCCGAAAUUCGAGCACUAGCAACGGAGUCAUAUUUUCAGUAGCAAGAAGUCCAGUUUUGGACAGAAGUUUCUUUUUAUUAAAAGACAUUAUCAUCCCAUCGUAUGCUGUUUCUCUUAAUAGUCAACUACAUUGGUUCAAAACACAUCUAAGAUCCGUUUGCGCAUCAGAGGCAGGAACUUAUCAGAAUGGGCGCCAGUCGAAUGAUAGUUCCAGGAAGUUCUCCAAUCGGGUGCUAUCCCUACAUUCUAACUCAAUUCCCAAGCAAUGAUCCCAACGCUUACGAUCAAUUCGGUUGUCUUAAAAGCGUUAAUGAUCUCAUUACGUUUAAAAACAACAAUCUCCAACAAGCGCUCGCAAGUAUUACCAGCCAGUUUCCUCAGGUGACUUAUGCCGAUUACGGCCUAGGCGUGCUACAAUAUAUUAACCAGACAUUGGCAGGGCCAAACAGAGACAAUACACUUAGAGCUUGCUGUGGAAUUGGAGGGAGAUACAAUUACAACAGUGGAAGAUUUUGUGGGAGUGUAGGUGUGCCCGUUUGCCCGGAUCCAAACAAUUACAUAUUUUGGGAUGGUUUGCACUUAAUGCAAGAAGCUCAACUUCGUAUUGAGAAGAUUCUCAUCCAACCGGCUCUCGUAAUGUUCAACUGCACAACCUAAUUAAUAAUCUUGCAAGCAAUAUCUGAAGUAUGCAUUUAUAUAUGCAUCAAAUGUCAAAUGUCAGCUUAACUACAGUAUCGGAUUGCACAAUAAGUGAAUAAAGUUUUGUAUUAUACUAUUAUGUAAUAUGUUUGUAUCAGGGCCUUAUAAGCUUGUAUUCCCAAACCUAUAUGGUUUGAUGUGUGAUUACAGUUAAUAGCAAUAAAGUAAUCUCAACGUUGCAAAUCACUAUUUUGCUAAUACAGGUUUCAUUUUAUCAAAUACUAAGUGAGAGUGACCACCAACUCUGGGACUCUUCUCAAGCUAACAAAAGAACCGGUGCUCUUUCAAGAAAAUGACCUUUUUCCAGAAUUAGUUUUUUUUUUUUCCUCUCUUUCACAAUUCCCACUUAUUUUCUCGUAGCUGCUGGCCUUUUUUUUCUACUCCUUGCCCCACUACUUAUUCGAUUUCUACUACACCGUAAACCUUUGCCCUUCUUUAUAUUCCUCACAACUGUCAUUUCCCGUUUACCUUUUCCCCCACAAACUUCCUGUUCAUCUAGAAGCUUCUUUAGCGACGGAUCAUCGAAUGUUGAAACACAUCUCAUCUCAGAGUAAAUUUCUCGGGCUUUCUCGAGCAACCCAUUUUUCGCCAACCCUUCUACCAAAACCAGGUAAUGCCCGCACUCAGGUUUCACGUCGUACUCCUUCAUUUCAUACCAUAUCAUUAGCGCAUUUUUGGGCUGGCCCUCUUUUAAGAACUUAUCAAGAACAAUAAAAAACGUAUCUUUGCUGGGGCCCAAACCUGCUUUCCUCAUAUAGCCGAGCACGCCCAAAGUCCCUUCUAAGCUCUCGCCCUUCAACAGAGCAUGAUAAGUCUCAACUGUUGGGCUGAGGUCAUCUGAUAUCAUUCGAGCCAAAAUAUUUCUUGCAUCCUCAAAUUUCAAAGAUUCGCAAAGGGCACAUAUUACAAGGUGAUAAGUGGUCGAAUUCGGCUUAAAACUGGCCACUUUCAUCCAGUCUACUAUUUUAAGAGCUUCGUUUAGGCAAUUUUCACGAGUCAGCACAUAAAUCAACGAAUGGUAGACAUUGACACCUGGGACCCACCCCCUUUUCUUCAUCUCGUCAUAUAAUCUUAAAGACUCGAAUAGAUUGCGUGCAGUUGAGUAGCACGAGAUCAUGUGCGUGUAAGAAGUAGCAUCAGGCAUGACACAGCAUUUGGACAUUUCACGCCAGACCCUCUUGGCUUCGACUAUGUCUCUUGCUGUGUUGCACCAGCCGUCGAGAAUUACGUUAAAGCCCUUUGAGUCCAACGGGAAGAACUUCUUGUUGAGGUACAUGAACUGUUCGGCCUCUUCAAUGUUUCCAUGCUUGCAAAGGAUGUUCAAGAAUGUGAGGUACGUGUCUUGUUCGGGCGUAAACUUGAAUUUUUGCAUCAAAUGGAAUGUCUGCACGGCCUUGUCUAGGUAAUUUGCAGCAGCGUAUCUGGUCGAUCAUAAUCAUCAUCGCCUGUUGGGUAUCCUUGGAAUCACGAUGAAGCUCGUGAAUCAGAGUCCAGGCCGUGCCGAACUUUUGAUGGUUGCCCAGCAACCACACCAUCAAAGACCAAGUCUUCUGGACCACACAAUCCCAUUUCACGCCCCAUUUGAACGCCAAGAACGCCAACUUCCAAUCAUCCCUCAAAGCCCAAAUAGCUGAAAAUAUUAAAUCAUUAUCGGGCUUGACACCGGAGCCGUCGAGAAAGGCUAUGGCUUCAUCACCGGAAGCAAAAUCCUUGGCUUUUUCAGCUCUUUCGAGGAUUCCACGGAGUUCCAACUGAGUUUCUUGUUUGAUUUCGUCCAAUUGUUUAGAAAAGUCGACAAUUUGGUAAGAAUUUUCGAAAUGAGGCGCGUGCUCAACUGGUCUGUGAGGUGUUCGGUGAAAUGCUCGAGAUAAAUGAGUUGCAGGGAAAGGCAGAGGCGUUGAUGGGAUGAAAAUGAGGGAUGGAGAGGAGUGAGGGAAGCGUAAAUAUAGGCGAUGGAGUCUCCUUACACUGGUAAUUAGAGCCAUGGAACUUCUUGUGCUAAGAAGAGUUCAUGCUUACAUUUAUUUGUCAACUCCUGCGUUGGGGGUGAAACUUAAAUUGUGUGUGUUCUUG